AUGGAUAUUCGUGAUGGCUCACCAGUGUGUGUGGCUUCGACAGUUGAGCAGACAAGAGAAUCACCCGGGCCCUCUAGUGAUGGCUACUUCAAAUCUGCUCAAUGGAGUCCUGAUGGAACUACCCUUUUAGCAAACUCUGCUGAUCAUCAUAUCCGGUCAUAUAUCCUGCCCCCGGAUCUCUUGGAGAAGACUUCUACACACCAUCUAUCUCCAUACUCGACACUUCCUUCAGCGGAACCUACCUAUGCCACAGCUUUCUACCCAUUUUACAGCCUUCAGGAUCCCUCAACCACGUUAUUCCUGUCAUCUGUCCGUGAUCAUCCAAUUCGUCUAGCUUCCACACUUGCUCCAUCAUGCGUGGCUAGCUAUUCCCUAGUCAAUCCAACAACCGAGGCCUUUAUUACUCCGCACUCCAUGAUCUAUCCAUCCACGCUUGGGGGAACCCACUUCCUAACGGGCUCUGACAGCAUGAUUUGUCUUUUCGACGUAUCCCGUCCUGGAACCAGCGGUCCUGUCUCAUGGAUGCCGACUAUUCCCAGCAAGCGCAAACAGAUCGUCGGCGGAGGAGUCGGCAUGAAAGGCAUUGUGUCGGCGUUGGCGGUCAACCCAAGCGGUGAUGGUAUUCUAGCCGCGGGAACAUUCACCAGGCAUGUGGGACUGUAUAGUUCCAAUGGUUCUGGAGAACUCCUUGGCACCUUUAAUGUUGCAAAGACCGAUGCCAACCGCGCUAUUGGCGGUAAAGGUGUCACCCAGUUAUCGUGGAGCCCUUGUGGUCGGUAUUUGUUUAUUGCGGAGCGCAAGAGUGAUGGGGUCUUGGUGUACGAUAUUCGAGUCACGGGUCAGAUGCUGGGUUAUCUGCGUGGACGCAAGGCCAUGACGAAUCAGCGAAUGGAUAUUGAUAUCGUUUCUGCCGGGGCUGAUGGUUACGAAGUCUGGGCGGGAGGUACAGACGGAAUGAUGAGGGCUUGGAGGAAUCCCAUCUACUCUGCAGGAGGACAAGACCCGGACUGGGAGUUUAAAGUCCACGAUGAUGCUGUUUCAAGUACCGUGUUUCACCCUAUGGGCAACGUUGUCGCAACUUGCUCUGGUCAGAGGCACCGAGCCACGGAUGAUUCGUUUGACGAAGCCGAGUCAGACUCGGGCAUCAGCCAGGCUGAUAACAGCUUGAAGGUGUGGUCGAUGCCGUUCCUGGGAUCUAGUGAACAGGAUGAAAAUGCAGACGAAGGAUCGAAACUAGAGGAUUGA